AAGGCUGUCAGAGAGGACGGAGAGGACCCAACCAAGUCAAUGAGAGCGGAAAGUGAGGACUAGACUAGACCCAUACGCAUGCGCACACCACAACUAAAACGCUGACAUUCGCGAAAGGUCGCGUGGCGAUCACGUCAUGUUGCAUGCGACGAAGAAUUGGUUUCCCCCACGCUGUACACGCCAGGCGUGUUUAUAAAUCCCAUUUUCAGAUCUGAUCGAUCUUCCGUCAUGGAGAAAAGAGCUUCAAAUACCGGCGGAAAGAAAGCCAAGCCCGCGAAGAUGGAAGACGGCACCGAUCCCGUUAAGAACUUCGAGAAAUGGAAGAAACGAUACAACAAGACGAAAGCACGGGUGAAGAGGGAGAGCUCACAGAAGAAGAAGCCCGAGUGGCAGGUCGAGAAGGAGUACAUCGACAGGCUCGUGAGCAGGUACGGAGACAUCAACACCAAGGGUGCCGUCAAGUUUUCAGACUUUCCCAUUUCAAAGAAAACACUGUUAGGCUUGCAGGGAUGCCAGUUCCGACAGCCCACCGAGAUCCAGAGGCAGACCAUAGGCUUCGCGUUGCAAGGGAAAGACGUCCUCGGAGCGGCUAAGACCGGUUCUGGGAAAACGUUAGCCUUCCUCAUACCGGUGCUGGAGUGUCUGUACCGACACCAGUGGACCUCGAUGGACGGCCUCGGUGCCUUGAUCAUAUCCCCCACCAGAGAGCUCGCCUACCAGACGUUUGAGGUCCUCCGGAAAGUGGGCAAGAACCACGAGUUCUCUGCGGGGCUCAUCAUCGGCGGCAAGGACCUGAAAAGCGAGUCCGAGAGGAUCCACCGCACCAACAUCGUCAUCUGCACCCCGGGUCGGCUGCUCCAGCACAUGGACGAGACGGCCACCUUCCACGCCUCCGACCUCCACAUGCUGGUCCUGGAUGAGGCGGACCGCAUCCUGGACAUGGGCUUCGCCGACACGCUCAACGCCAUCGUCGAGAACCUCCCCAAGUCCAGGCAGACGCUGCUGUUCUCCGCCACGCAGACCAAGUCCGUCAAAGACCUGGCCCGGCUCAGCCUCAAAGACCCGGCGUACGUGUGGGUGCACGAGAAGGCGAAGUUCAGCACCCCGGCCACCCUGGAGCAGAGCUACGUCGUGUGCGAGCUCCACCAGAAGGUCAACAUGCUGUACUCGUUCAUCAGGAGCCACCUGAAGAAAAAGGUCAUCGUCUUUUUCGCCUGCUGCAAGGAGGUGCAGUACUUGUUCCGGGCCUUCUGCCGCCUCCGGCCCGGGAUGCCCAUCCUGGCCCUGCACGGCAAGCAGCAGCAGAUGAAGAGGGUGGAGGUCUACAACGAUUUCCUGAGAAAGCAGAACGCCGUGCUCUUCGCCACCGACAUCGCAGCCAGAGGCCUGGACUUCCCCGCCGUCAACUGGGUGCUGCAGUUCGACUGCCCGGAGGACGCGGAGACCUACAUCCACAGGGUGGGCCGCACGGCCAGGUACAAGGAGGGCGGAGAGGCCCUGCUGCUGCUGCUGCCCUCGGAGGAGAAGGGCAUGAUCAGCCAGCUGCAGGAGAAGAAGGUUCCCGUCAAUAAGAUCCAAGUGAACCCCGAAAAACUGCAGAGCGUGCAGCAGAAGCUGGAGGCCUUCCUCGCCCAGGAGAAGGAGCAGAAGGAGAGGGCCCAGAGGUGCUUCGUCUCCUACCUGCGCUCAGUCUAUCUGAUGAAGAACAAAGCCGUGUUUGAUGUCUUUAAACUCCAGAUCCACGAGUACGCUCUCUCCCUGGGCCUCGCCGUUGCUCCGAGGGUGCGCUUCCUAAAUAAAGCUCAGGCACAGCGAGCCGAGAAAGGAGGGCAGAGGGAGGAGGAGCGGUCUGAAGAAGAGGAAGAGCUGGAGAACUUCAAGACCCAGCUGACGGGGACGGUUCCUCGCGAGGAAAACCAAAGCUCGGAGCCGGAAGACUCCAGUGAGGAGGAGGAGGAGGAGGAAGAGGAAAGUUGUAAUGAACAAGAUGUGCACCAGUCUAAGGCACUUCUCCUCGGUGCAGAUGACAGUAAUGAGGAUGACGACGAUCUGCGAGACUUGGACCUGCUGACAGUCAAAAGAAAGGACGUGUUUAGUCUGACGGGGGGUGAAGAGGAUCCGGAGGAACCUGCCGUGAACUCCAAGAAGAAAACGGAAAAAGAGACAAAGUACAAGGAAGCCAAAAAGAUUCUGAAAAGAAACUUUCAAGUGAACACCAAGGUGACUUUCACUGAACAGGGAGAGGCUCUGCAGCUGUGGCCACCGGUCCAGCGGACGGUGACCGGCGACGAGGACGAUGAGGAGGAGCAGGUCUCGGGCAUCGACGUGGAGAAGGCCAAGGAGAGGCUUAAACGGGAGGAUCAGGAGUUUGACAAGCAGGAGUACAGCCGCAAGGUGAAAGCCAAACACAGGGAGAAGAGGCUGAAGGCGAAGGAAGCCAGGAGGGAGGCGAGCAAGCGGAAAGGACAGGACUCCGACGAGGAGGACGAGGUGCUGGCGUACCUGGCUAAUAACAGCGAGGACGAGUUUGACCCCAGCACCCUGCCAGAUCCAGACAAGCUGCGCUCGUCGUCGUUGGAGGAGGAAGAGGAAGAGGAGGAGGAGGAGGAGGAGGAGGAGGAGGGUCAUGAUCGGAUGAGGUCAGCUAAACGGCAGCACAGCAGUGAGAGCAGUGAGGAGGAGCAGGAGGAGCCGGCUCCCGGGAAGAGGAAGAAAGCGAGCGAGCCGAAGGAGGAGCACACGGCUCUGGACACGGGUCUCUCUCUGGCUGAAGACGAGGAGCUAGUCUUACAUCUGCUGGGUGGGCGGAGUUAGAGAAGGGCUGGGACAUUUGGGGAGUGGGUUUAUAGAAGAUAUGAAAUCGGUUAACGAACAAACUCAAUGAAACGAGAAAGCCCAGUCCAAGACCACAUGCUGAUUGGAUCCACUGAUUGCGUCUUGAUUGUGUUCACAUGGCAGAGUGACUCCUGGUUUUAGUUUACAUCGAACUAAUGUUAUUCUGAUUUGUAUUCUGACUCCUCACAAUGACCUCUGACCAAGCACAGUUUCAUAUGAGUGUUAUUUUGAAUGUAUGUAAAGGGGAGGGGCCUCUGUGGAUCGGUUUGGGAUCUACUUCAUGGACAUUGAACAAGGACGUCGUCCCUCAUUCUUUUCCUCUUCCUCCUCAUCUGAAAAACGGGGCUCUUGUAAUUAAUAGCAUAUUCUAAAUAUGUAACAUCAUCUUUAUUGUCUAGUUUUGAGCUGAACUUAUCCAUUGAAUUAUAUUAUUAAAUAAGUAUUACAUUCA